GCAAGCCAGGAACGGUCACCCUUCAUUUCUCCUGGGAAAGAAAAAAAAAAAAAUAAGCCAAUUGGAUCACACCUGUUGACGAAGGAACGUGGAAAUUGAACUAACGGUCACCCUAAUUUAUCCUGGAAAAAAGAAGCCAAUUGGAUCGCCCCUGUUGACGAAGGAACGUGGAAAUUGAACUAAGUCGUCUUCGCCAACCCCGGCACCUGGGAAAGCAGCUGCAAACUUGGUUCUUGAUCAAUUUCUUUACCUCGGCCUCUAGAAGUUGCUUGUUAUCGUACUCCUCUUGAAUUCAAAGACAGUCCAUGGCCGUCUUUGAAUUACUCUUACUGAACUUGCAUUCUUUCCUAGUUCAAGCAAAAAAGAUGAUCGAUGCACCAAGAAAUAUUUCCUUCGCUUUCUGGAUUUCAUGCCUGAUCCUCUUCAUCCCAGGCACUCCUGUCGGUGCACAGACAUAUGUUCAGGAGCGGUGUGCGGAUAGGGGCGACUACGCUGCUCCUAGCAAGUUUCAGGACAACCUCAGCAGCCUCCUCUCCAAGGGCUACUCCGCUGACUACAGCAAAGGACCCAUUCGCGGUUUCUACAACACAACGGAAGGUGAAGAUCCGGACAAAGUUCAUGGUCUCUUCCUCUGCAGAGGGGAUGUUGCCGCCAAUCAAUGUCAGUCUUGCAUCCGUGAAGCUAGCAACACCAUCAUAGAAAGAUGUCCAGGACAGAAAGAGGCGACCAUAUGGUAUGAUGAGUGUCUCCUGCGCUACUCUAACAGAUCGUUCUUCUCUAUCAUGGAGACAGAACCGAUUAUUUUUGUUGUCAACCCUGCAAACAAUUCAGUUACCUUCAACAAGCUUGUGGAGCAAACUUUCGAUAAUGAGGACUUUGCAGAAAAAGUGACAGAUUUGGCGAGAAAUGUCACGGACAUGGCAAUCUCCUCGGAAAGCUUAUACAAAACCAUAAACGUUAAUGUCUCAAGUUCAGUGACCCUGCAUGAGCGUGCACAGUGCACCCCUGACAUCUCAAAGUCAGAUUGUAAGAGUUGCUUGCUUUCUGCUAUCAAAAAUUUUUCUACCGCUCUUAAUCUUAAAAGGGGAGGUGCGAGAAUUCUUCAGCCAAGUUGUUAUGUACUGUACCGAAUGGAUGUUGCUGAGGAACCUGGAGGACAAGCACCAGCACCAGCAGCUUCUGCAACCAGUAAAGGGAUUCCAUGGAUUGCAAUAGUUAGCUCAGUAAUUGGAGCAGGGUUACUAAUAAUCAUCGCGGGUUUGUGUCAUUUUUUAAAGAGGAAAAAGAGAUUGAAGAAAGAGGAGGAAAACAGCCAAGAGGUUCAGUUACUUCAUCUACGACAAGAAAUUGGAGAAGAGUUUUCAAAGGAAAACUCUCGUGGACCUGCGGGUUCUCAAGAAUUAUCUCUGAUGCGAUUAGACAUCAUACGCGCAGCCACAGGAAACUUCUCCGAUGAAUGUAAACUUGGGGAAGGGGGGUUUGGUCCUGUGUACAAGGGCACAUUGGCAGAUGGAAAAGAAAUUGCAGUUAAGAGGCUUUCAAGAACCUCAGGCCAAGGACUCAUCGAGUUGAAGAACGAAGUCAUCUUGAUUGCCAGACUACAACACAGGAACCUCGUCCGAUUAUUGGGAUGCUGCUUGGAAGAAGAAGAAAAACUCUUGAUAUAUGAAUACUUACACAACAAAAGCCUGGAUGCCUUGCUUUUUGAUUCGAAUAUAGAGCGAUAUCUAGAUUGGAAGCUACGCAUGAACAUCGCCUGUGGAGUAGCUCGGGGACUUCUCUAUCUGCAUGAGGAUUCCCGCCUGAAAAUUAUCCACAGGGAUUUGAAAGCUAGCAAUAUUUUGCUAGAUGGUGAGAUGAAUCCAAAGAUAUCCGAUUUCGGACUGGCAAGGAUCUUCAGUGCAAAUCAAGACAAGGCAAACACAAACAGAGUUGUUGGAACCUAUGGAUAUAUGGCACCAGAGUAUGCAAUGCAAGGACUUUUUUCUGUAAAAUCAGACGUCUUCAGUUUUGGAGUUCUCUUGCUAGAGAUAGUAAGCGGGCGCAAGAAUAAUGGUUUUCAUCUCCAAGAACAGGGUGAAAGCCUUCUCACAUUUGCAUGGAAGUUGUGGUCCGAAGGUCGACCAUUGGAACUUAUUGAUCCAUUAAUCAAUGAGUCAUGUGAUGAAGGUGAAGUGCUGAAAUGCAUACAUGUCGGUCUAUUGUGCGUUCAAGAAGACCCAGCAGAUCGACCGGCUAUGUCACUCGUGGUUCAUAUUUUAGGAGGCGAUACCAUCACACUCGGCCAACCAUCGCAGCCUGCAUUCUCAGUUGGGAGAAAAGUGAAAAAACUUGAUCGUUUCGGGCACACUCAAGAAGCCUCAACUGUUAAUGGAAUAACCAUUUCGGUUGUUACGGCUAGGUGACCAAGUAUUAUACAAUGGAAAUGCUGCCAGUAAUAAUUGUGAUAUAUUUUAUCUUUUAGGACUGUGUAUAUAUCUCCAUCGUAAUAUAUUUAUAUCAUGUUAUUUUCUA